UUGUUCGUGAGGCGUUGCUCACUGUGCUUGUCCAUCCCGCCUGAGCCGUGAAAGCCAUUUCGACCCGUGAAGGCUUCCGCUUCGGACCGCCGGCCGUCAAGUCACUGCUACUUCGGUACGGCUUUCUGAAGACACUGAGCGAUGCGAUUGCGUCUGGACCGGUCGCUUCUGGAAGAUUAUACGACAGAAGUCGAGGGACAUGGUGGACGGACAUGGAUGAUAUGUCAGACGUUUGCUGAAGAGGGCGCGGUGAUGCAUUUAGGAGGCCGUGUCAGCGUAGAACAACUGCGCGUGCUGGCCGCCGCGUUCUCGACUGCUGCAAAAUUUUGGUCUGAUUGUGACCCUCAUAUCAGCCUAAAGGUUGCGGGCAGAUGUACCUUGAUGAUGACUGAGCAAGUUUGGCCAGCGGCUCAAUAUACCCAUUUCCUUCGCUCUUUGUUUUCCCCAUGGAGUAUGGUCUCCUCGCCAUACCGGCGAAGGGUCUACGCAUAGGAGAAGGUUGACGAGCUUGGCGUUCAAGUCAUGGUGAGUGUAGUGUCGCAUGAUAGAGUACCGUCCGUGGUCGUCGGCGGAUCAUACUUCCUGCUCUUCGUGAGUGGUGUAUCAC